CUCGUGGUGUGGCGACUCCCACGGCGCCUUGACGGACGCUAGUUUGACCGCUCUAAUUACAGGCUCCCUACAAGCACCCCAAUUAGCUGGUGGUCUGUAAGUGAUGCAGCGAUGGAACCCUCUCUACGUUUGUGUCUGUAUCUUCUGCGUCUGUACGGUAAACACGGCAACCAUGAAGCUUAGCUAGGGCAAAAUCCCCGUGCGCCUGUCUGUCCGCUAUGCCACGACGCGCCUUCACAACAUCUGUGUGAGCCACAGCACUUCAAUAACGAAUGCCACGUCCGCUAAGAGGUUUUCGGCGAGGAUGGCUUCUGUUGCCCCUCGGCCGGCGCCCUGCCCAGUUCCAGCGCUCCUUCCUCCGACAGCUGCCACCCACCGCUGAACGGCCGUCCGAGCGCCCGCACAACACCGACGACGACGUCAACGAUAAACAAGAGCGAAGCAAGUUCGCACGUAGCGUGCUCGAAGGCAGCACUGUAGCUCUCAUCUCCCUUCUGGGCUUGGCGCUCGGAGGCUACGGCUACAGCCUCUUCUACAAGAGGACUGUCCGGAGUAAGAUCGAGAAUGCUUUCGCCACUGGCUAUAGCUCGCAAGAGCGUGUCGCACUCGGCCGCGUCGCCUAUGGCACCGAGCCAGAGCAGAUACAGGAAAUCGUGGAGAAGGAGUACUGGGUGCCACGAGAUGAGCAGGAGCAGGUGAACGACAUUGUGAGCGGUAAGACCCGCGGCAAAUAUUACCUCAUCAUUGGUGAGAGGGGUACAGGAAAGCGUGCUUUGCUGUUGGAAGCCAUGCGCAAGGUCAACGGAGACGGCGUGGCAAUGCUGGAGGCCCACAGCGAGUUGGAGGUCUUUCGGACGCGGCUCGGUAAAGCAAUCGAUUAUGAGUUCCACGAGGACUAUAUCGGAGGCUUGUUUAGUAUCAGAGGUCCGCGAGACAGCACUCCCCUACUCGACAUCGAGCGCGCCCUGAACCAGCUGGAGAAAGUUGCUCUGUCGAUGAGGAAGCGUCGUGGCAAGCCUCUCUUGAUGGUCAUCAACAACAUACACCUCUGUAAAGAUGAUGACCAAGGUCGUGAUCUGCUGGAGAUCCUGCAGCAGCGAGCAGAGAUCUGGUCCACCAAUCAGCUAGUCACCGUCGUCUUCACCUCUGAUGAGCAUUGGACGUUAGAGCGCUUGAUACCUCAUGCCACCAACAUGCAUGUCAUGAACAUUCGCGAUGUUCGGAAGGACCUAGUCAUUGACUCGUUGAGGAAAUACCGCGCCAAAUACCACAACGAACACGUACCACAAAGCAUCCUUGACGAAGUGUUUGCAAAGGUCGGUGGUCGAUUGAUCUUCCUGAACUUAGUAGCCAAGUCAAACGAUAUGCUCCAAGUAUGCGCCAACAUCAACAGACGCGAGAAGUCAUGGUUCCUCAACCAGUGCUGGAUCCUCGGCGACUCGAUGGACGAUGAUGUCGAAGAAGAGCAGAAGUUCUGCGCCGCAGCUAUCGUCCUUGCUCGCGCACUUGUUAAUCGCGAAAAGGAGAAUGCCGAUCCAGAUGGCGUUCUACCUGAGAUCCCCCUGCAUGAAUCUCGCCAAAUCAUUACACGCGCCGAUUUCAUCAGGCCUUUCGACCACAUCAAUGUCAUCCACAUCGACGCGUGGGGUAUGGUCCGCGCUGACUCGGUGCCAAUGCAGAACGCCUUCCGCGAGAUCUGCAAUGAACCGGGCUUUGAGGAACAUUUGAAAGCUACGCUUAACAGGCUGGAUGAGCUUGAGAGUCUGGCUAGAACACGAGAGGUGAGCUGGAGGGCAGCUCCAGAUAGAAGCGGUGGGAUUGUGCCAGUACAAACGUACUGCGCAAAGAUAUCAGAUCCACGUGCUGGUGGUCACGAAGCAGUGGUAUAGACUACUUCCAUACAUCACGCUAAUGCGCCUAGCAUCUCGGCGGCAAGGAGAGAUGUACACCUGCGUUUCCAAUAGCCUGGAUGUUGGGUUUCUCAAGUCGCGCUACCUUCUUUGUCGUCCCCUCGUCCAUCUUUCCACUGACCAGGCGCUCGUCUGCUUCUCACUUGAUCAGUUGGCAUCGCAUUGUUUGCAACCCUUCCAAAUUU